AUGGAUAAUAAUCAAAAGGGUUCGCGUUCUUGGAAAAUCAUCCAAGGAAGCAUUCCCAAUUCUGAAGAAUCUCCUUCCAUCUUCCCUUUUCCCCCCUCAUUUCAAACUUCUGUUUCGAAAACAGAAUCUAAAUCGUCACAAUCUGCUUUACAACAACAAGAAACAAUAAAGCAGAAAGUUCCUUUUACAUUAAAAUACCAACUGCAUUUUCGAAAGAAUAAUCAACAUUCGCCUAUUGAUGUUUCUACUCCCCAAACAACCCCUGGCGGUACUCAUAAUAGCGGACUACUACAAGAACUGACUUUCGAACAAGGAAAAGGCCAAUUUUUAUGGGCUUCUGACGGCUAUCAUGGGAAUAAGAAACGCCGAAUUAAUGGUAAUUCAUCUCCUGCAUCUCCAAAACCUUAUGACACCAAGGUGCCUCGCCCACCCAACGCAUUCAUUAUAUAUCAUAGAACUAAAUCUAAAGAACUAGCCAAAUUCAAGACUAAAGUACGAAAUGAUGAACGUCACCCAUCGAAGACAGUGGCAGAAAUGUGGCGAGAAGAGCCUGAGGAGAUUAAAUUAAAAUAUCAACGAGAAGCGGACCUGGCAUUAGUGGAACAUAAAAAAAAAUACCCCUAUUAUAAAUAUAGACCAAAAAAAAAAGAUAGUAAGAGUAGAGGAAAUUUAACUCCAUCAUCAGUAGAUUCAGUUAGAAUUUUAGAUUUUGAUGAUUCAAAGGAAGAUUCACAAGUACCUAUAGAACAUAGAAAACAGGCAUCCAUGGAAUCUGCCUUUACAGUAUUUGAACUUCAUACAUCCUCUUUAAAUGAUCAGCAGCGAGAAGAGAAAGAGAAGGAAGAACCAACAACAGCCAUGUCUAAUAAUGCUACGACCAAUAAUAAUAUCAUGAAUACAUUCUUGACAAAUUCUCCUCCCCAAACUCCUCCAAUAUGGACUGAAGAUGCGAGACCAAAUUUUGUACAACAAGUACAAAAACCUUGGGUUCAACCACCUUCUCCUCUUUCCCAAAUUUCGUCAAUAACUGCAUCAGAAAAUUCUACUACAGAUUUACAAGAUGCCUUGUCUUUGAUUACUUCUGAAGAAGAGUGGAACGCAUUUUCACUUAUAUUUCAGAACUCAUAUCAACCUAAUAUGAUGUCACCAUUAGGAUUAAUGUCAAUAGAAAAUAUAGAUAAUUCAAUGAAUUCAUAUAUUGUACCUACUCAAAAUUCAUCAACACUGCAUCCUUCUUCUUUACCGCAUGCCCCACCACCUACACCAACAAGUCCAAUGAAUUUUAUUCCUUGGGCAAUGUCGUUAGAUUCUUUUGCUGAUACAACAUCAACAAUUGAAAAUAAUAUUCGUUUGCAACAACAAAUUUCUUCACAAUUUCAACAAAACCACAAUAAUAAUAAUAAUAAUAAUUAA